CGGCGGCAGUCGCGCGCCGGCCGCUGCCUCGAGAGGGUGUUUGUGUUUAUGUUAUCGCGAUGAAAAUUUGGCCGCCGUAGAGGUUAUGUUUACGCGUGUCGCGGGAACCGGACCGAACACGCAUGUCUUUCCGUGUUUAUCUUUUUCUCAAAAAUCGGAUUCGUCGCCUCGCGUACAUCGAUAACUAACCUGUCGGUCCUUUUCCAUUAUUCGUUUACCGUUCGAGAAACAACCUCACGACGUGUGACGAUCGCUGGAUACCACUGUAAAUGCAUAUGAGCGUGAGGUGUCGCGGUGCGCGGGUGUAAUUGGUGCGGUGGUGUCUGUGCAAAGGCCAACGGGAGGCCGCUACGGUGGGUUUUCGAGAUGAGCUAUGAAUUUGGGCUGCCUCGUAGCCACCGUCUUCGUGCUCCAGCUCCUUCGGCUGCCGAUCGACGUUGCAGCGUUACCCUCAGUCCUCAAGAUUGGUGCUAUAUUCACUCAUGACCAAAAGGAUAGCAGUACGGAGCUGGCCUUCAAAUAUGCCGUCUACAAAAUCAACAAGGAGAGGCUCAUUCUGCCAAAAACGACGCUGGAGUACGAUAUACAGUAUGUGCCGAAAGAUGACUCCUUCCACGCGUCGAAAAAAGCAUGUCAACAGGUCAAAUAUGGCGUGCAGGCUGUAUUCGGUCCGUCGGACCCAAUCCUCGGCCAACACAUUCACAGUAUCUGCGACGCACUGGACAUUCCACACUUGGAAGCCAGGCUGGACCUGGACACAGAGGCGAAAGAGUUCAGCAUUAAUCUUUAUCCCGCACAAAGUUUGCUCAACGCCGCUUAUCAGGACAUCAUGGAGUUUCUCAAUUGGACCAAGGUCGCCAUCAUCUACGAGGAUGAUUACGGAUUGGUGAAGCUACGAGAGCUCGUCAGGUCGCCGAAGUCUCGGGAGAUCGAGGUUAACCUUAGGCAGGCCGACCCGGAUUCCUACCGGCAGGUUCUCUCCGAGAUGAAAAGCAAGGAAAUACGGAAUCUCAUCGUGGAUACUAGACCGGAGCACAUGCAUCAUUUUCUACGAAUGAUCCUGCAGCUGCAAAUGAACGACUACAAGUACCACUAUCUCUUCACGACUUUCGAUAUCGAAACCUUCGACCUCGAGGACUUCAAGUACAAUUUCGUCAAUAUCACUGCCUUCCGUCUGGUCGACGCGGAGGACGUCGGCGUGCGCGGUAUACUGAGGGAUAUGGAGCGCUACCAGCCGUCCGGGAAUACGAUCCUCAACAAAUCGAGAGUUAUACAGGCGGAACCGGCGCUGAUGUACGACAGUGUGCAGGUGUUUGCCGUGGGAUUAAGGACCCUGGAACAGUCGCACGCGUUAAGGCCCGCGAACAUCUCCUGUGAGCUCGAGCACCCUUGGGACGGCGGGCUGUCUCUCAUCAACUACAUAAACUCGGUGCAGAUGAAGGGUAUUUCCGGACCAAUAGAGUUCAAGGAAGGGCGCAGGAUUCAGUUCAAGUUGGACCUGUUGAAGCUGAAGCAACACUCGCUCGUUAAGGUUGGUGAAUGGCGUCCAGGCGUUGGCGUCAACGUGACGGACACCGCGGCCUUCUUCGAGCCAGGGUCCGCGAACGUCACGCUACUCGUAAUAACGAUACUGGAAAUUCCGUACGUGAUGAUGCACUACGAAAAAAACUACACGGGGAAUGCGCGGUUUUACGGUUUUUGCGUGGACCUACUGGAAGCGGUGGCGAGGGAGGUCGGCUUCUCUUACCGGUUGGAGCUGGUACCGGACAGGAAGUACGGCGCGAAAGACCCAGAAACCGGGGAAUGGAACGGCAUCGUCAGAGAACUCAUGCGACAUGAGCAGCCGUACGUAAUGCUGAAGAGCAGAGGGAAUUUCAGCGGGAAUGCACGUUACGAGGGCUUCUGCAUCGACCUACUCAAGGAGAUAGCUCACAUGGUGGGCUUCGCGUACAGGAUCGAGCUCGUGCCGGAUGGCAAAUACGGCGUUUAUGAUUACGAGACCGGCGAGUGGAACGGCAUAGUCCGCCAGCUGAUGGACAAGAAAGCGGACCUGGCGGUCGGCUCGAUGACUAUCAAUUACGCCCGCGAGAGCGUGAUUGACUUCACGAAGCCGUUCAUGAACCUCGGCAUCUCUAUUCUCUUCAAGGAAAUGAAAUUCCAGGUACCGACCAGCCACCCAGCCCGCCUCUUCUCGUUCAUGAACCCGUUGGCCAUCGAGAUUUGGCUGUACGUUUUAGCCGCGUACGUCCUCGUCUCCGUGACGAUGUUCGUGGUGGCGCGUUUCAGCCCGUACGAGUGGAACAAUCCGCACCCCUGUCACGCGGGUUCCGAGGUUGUCGAGAACCAGUUCUCCCUGGCCAACAGCUUCUGGUUCACCAUUGGUACAUUGAUGCAGCAGGGCAGCGACCUAAAUCCCAAGGCAACGAGCACUCGGAUCGUCGGCGGCAUCUGGUGGUUUUUCACUUUGAUAAUCAUCUCCUCGUAUACCGCGAAUCUCGCUGCGUUUCUAACGGUCGAGAGGAUGAUAACGCCCAUUGAGAAUGCCGAAGAUCUCGCUGGUCAAACGGAUAUCGCCUAUGGGACCCUGGACAGCGGAAGUACCAUGACUUUUUUCAGGGACUCAAUGAUCGAGACGUACAAAAAAAUGUGGCGGUUCAUGGAGAACAAAAAGCCAUCAGUGUUCGUGCCGACUUAUGAAGAAGGAAUUCAAAGGGUUCUUCAAGGCGACUAUGCUUUUCUAAUGGAGUCGACUAUGUUGGAUUACAUCGUGCAGAGAGAUUGCAAUCUGACUCAAAUCGGUGGACUUCUUGACAGCAAGGGUUACGGAAUCGCCACGCCUAUGGGCUCUCCCUGGCGAGAUAAAAUAUCCUUGGCGAUUCUAGAGCUGCAAGAGAAGGGUGAGAUCCAGAUGCUGUACGAUAAAUGGUGGAAGAGUCCCGGCGACACUUGCAUGAGGACUGAGAAAGGAAAAGAAAGCAAGGCGAACUCUUUGGGAGUAGAUAAUAUAGGCGGAGUGUUCGUCGUUCUGCUGUGCGGCCUUGCGUUCGCCGUGCUGAUCGCGAUUUUCGAGUUCUGCUACAAUUCCAGGAGGAACACGCCGGCGGAACGGAGAGCUCCAGUAUCAACACCAGCCGGUUCGGGUUCUCUGCAAGGGAUCUCUCAGUCAGUGCAACAGCAACAACAGCAACAGCAAGCGCCGCAGCAGCAACAACAACAGAAUCAGCAACAGGAGUCGCUGUGCUCCGAAAUGGCGCGGGAACUGUGCCGCGCGUUGCGAUGCCAUGCGUCGUCGCGACGUCGACGCGCCUGCGAAAAGUGCUCGACACACGUGAUCGGCUAUCCGCCGGACAUCCCCACUGCCACCCCUUUGAACGGGAUGAGAUCCCAGAGAAGCAGCCUGGGUGUUCCCACGGUCGAAUUGCCACCGCACAUUCACAUGCACCAUCACGCACCACCGCCACCCAAUGACUACGACGAGUCUUAACCAAGCGUUCGACGCCACCCGCCAUUGGUGAUCGACACGGGUUUAACGAACCGCGAAGAAAACAGUGGACCGAAAACACACGUAAACGAGAGGAACAAAAGGAUCAUGAAGCAAGUACAAAGCGCAUCGAGUGGCACCGGACGGAAGAACGGCGAGAAAAGUUCGUUUUACUUUUUCUAGAUCAUCGAAAAUAGAAAAAUCCCGCCGCGAAUGUCACGUCUUGCGAGACAUCACCGAACGAACGUUGCACAAUUCCUCGACGGGCGUUCACCGCUGCCAGGGGAAUCUGUACCUCUAUUCACCGCGUCCAUCCGCCCGGAGAGAGUCUCUUGUCUCUUCGUACUAUUUUUCACUGAACUUGCACCGAUGAUUUUUCGCACAUCUUGAGUCACCGCGGGGAAUCGAUCGCCUCGUCUAAAACGGUCUCGCGAGAGAAAUCUACAGCUGAUGGACAACAUGCAUGUAACUCGUCAGCAUUUUUUCUACGACAUGAAAAAUAUUUGUCCCAUAUCUCGGAUCCUCUUCAAGGAAAUUUGAAAUAGAAUGGUGUAAAUGUUGGCUCAAUAUUCUAACAAUUGUUUCAAAUCAAAUUUAGUUUUUAUUACUGUUUCUGGAAAAGAUUAGUAUUCCUAAAAUUGAAUAAAGAUUACGAAUCAGAGUUUAGAUAGACUAGAUUCGAGUCUGAUUAAGUCUCAGAAAUCUAUCCUUUAAUUUUUCAGAUUUUAAGUUUCCUACAUUCAUCAACUGUAUUUGCCUCGCGAGAAUGCUUUCUUGGCGCUUGUUCCAUUUACUUCUUGCAAUUUCUUAGUUCUAUCGAGUAGAAAUACAGUAAGUCGUUGCAGAGGCAAGCUAGAUCUCGAGGAAGUUGUGUUUUGAUAAGAUCUGCUCUAUUGAUUAAAUGCGGCGGAGCUUCUGUUACCGCAAGUACCGCGGGGUAAUACUCUUGCCUUCCUAUUAAUCGGUCGUUUACAGUCUAAACUUUGGACAAACGAAGCUCCGUUACGGACAUCGCCGGAACUGUCAAAUAAUUGUAGAAGAAAUCGUCUGUGUAAAAACCAAAGAAAACUACUGCCACUUAUGAUGGUCACAACUACGUAAACCCCUUGAAUUUUGAUAUACAUUUACAUUUUAAGCUAAUAAAAUUAUUAAAAUAUUAAGCAAAUUUCAAGCAAAAUUUAUAUUAUGUGUCAUUACAUUACAUUUUUCAGUAUUACAAAUUAACGUAUAUUUCACUAAUAUAAAAUUAAAAUAAUGAUUAUAUUUUUCAAGGGAUUUUCCAAGGAUCAAAAAGGAAUAAUUAAACAUAGUUGAUUAAACUGUAAUGGCAAAAUCCGUCUCAUUGCAUCGGCAAACCGGCUCAAACGCAAUUAUCCUCGAUGGUCAGUCAGCUGCGAUUGUUUUUUCAGUUUAUGCAACUAGAUUUCGAUCAAUCUAAUAGAUGAACCGUUAAGAAUUCUAGAAUUCAAAUGGAAAACUCAUCGGUUUUCUAAGUUGGUAAAGAGAGUUCAGGCGCGAGUUCUCCCAGACAGUUGAAAUAAAGACGGCAAGCGACGCGUCGUCUAUAAUCCCGUAUUUGCGUCCACGUACACGACUUGCACGUACGUAUACACACAUAUGCAGCCACAGAACACGAGGACACUUUGUGUAAAUACCGCGGCGGUACGCGCGAAAGUAGAGCGAUUCAAUGCGAAGUAUUUUAACUAACGCGAGGCAUGCGAGUAAGUGUUUAGCGUUAAACCAAGUACAACCAAGUAGACGUUUGGUGUCAUUUAACGUGUGUAUAUGCAGAUAGACGGCGAAUAAACUUAA